AUGAGCGAAAUCAAGACAGUGACCGUGGAGAAGCCCGUGCCCGUGACGUACGAUCUGGGCAACCUUGCAGUAUUCGACACAAAUCCCGUGGAGGUGGAUCUAAACGACCUGAACGUGGACGGCCAGGCCCGAGAGGAGGCUCUCCAAGCCGUGUCUCGAGAUAAUGCCCAGCUGCUCAUCAACCAGCUUCUGUCACAACCCAUCAAGAACACCACGGACUCUAAUUCGUCCAGCGGCAACCAGAACUCCACCAUGUCUCUGAUCAUGCUGCCACAGCCGUCCACACGUCUCCCUCGAGAGAAGCCCAUUCCCAAGCCCAAGGCCAUGACCAAGUGGCAAGAGUUUGCUCUCAAGAAGGGCAUCAAGUCCAAGGCCCGGGAUGGCAAGCUUGUGUACGACGAGGCCACCGGCAAGUGGGUGCCCAAGUGGGGUUUCAACGGAAAGAACAAGGAGCUCGACCAGCAGUGGUGUGUUGAGGUGGACGAUGGUAAGGGAUCCAAGAAGAACCAGGAGGACGUUAUGCUCGAUCCUCGAGCUCUGGACCGAGCUUCUCGAAAGAAGCUGGUCAAGAAGAACCAGAAGCAGCAUGAGCGAAACCUCAAGCGGGGCGUUUCGAAAUAG